CACCGUCCAUAUUGCUCUUUCUAUUGAUUUUCCGAUUUCCAAAAAGAAUAAAACGCACCAAAAUUCAUUUCUGUUAAAAGAAACAGAAACAGCUGAAAAAUUCAGCAACCAACACCACCACCAGCAGCAGCUAAAAUGGUGUCGUACGUGAGUGUGCUGCUGUACGGAGUCGGUGGUAUAGUGGUAGCCGGAAUGGCGUUGCUGGUGGCGUUUCAAGAGAAGUUAGUCUACGUACCCGUAUUACCCGGACUCACCAAAUCCUACCAAAUUACUCCCGCCCGACUCCGCCUCCUUUACGAAGACGUUUGGCUUCGAUCCUCCGAUGGGGUCCGCCUUCACGCUUGGUUCAUCAAGAUUUUCCCUGAUUGCCGAGGUCCGACCAUUUUGUUUUUCCAGGAGAAUGCAGGAAAUAUUGCACACCGUCUUGAAAUGGUCCGCAUUAUGAUACAAAAGCUGCAUUGCAAUGUCUUCAUGCUUUCAUACCGAGGUUAUGGAGAAAGUGACGGUUACCCUUCUCAACAUGGAAUCGCCAAGGAUGCUCAGGCAGCACUUGAUCAUCUUUCUCAAAGGACUGAUAUUGAUACCUCUAGAAUAGUUGUGUUUGGGAGAUCACUGGGUGGUGCAGUAGGAGCUCUCCUGACAAAAAAGAAUCCUGAUAAGGUUGCUGGGCUGAUACUGGAAAACACUUUCACGUCUAUUCUGGACAUGGCUGGAGUCUUACUGCCCUUUUUAAAGUGGUUUAUUGGAAGUAAUCAUUCAAAAGGUCCAAAAAUUCUUAAUUUUCUUGUGCGUUCUCCAUGGAGCACCAUUGAUGUCGUAGGCCAGGUUAAGCAGCCAAUCCUUUUUCUCUCGGGGUUGCAAGAUGAAAUGGUUCCCCCAUCUCAUAUGCAGUUGCUUUAUGCUAAGGCCGCUGUUCAUAACAAAAAUAGCAGCUUUGUGGAAUUUCCCACUGGCAUGCACAUGGACACCUGGCUCGCCGGAGGUGAUGAAUAUUGGAGAACUGUACAGCAGUUCCUUGAAAAAUAUGUUCCCGAGAAUAAAGAAAAUGAUUCUUACAAUGAUAAAGAUUUGAAUGGGAGGUGACUUGUUGCAUGUUGAAUUUUGAGAAGAUAUGAUUUAGCUGACGACGUAGGUCCUCAAAGCAUUUGUGCCUUUUUGUUUUUGAAGCUGCAGCCCAUAAAAGCUCUCUGUGAGGAGUUGAAGCCUGCCCUUAGAUGUAACCAUUCAUGUCAGUCCAGCACCAUUCUGGUUUUAUCCCUGAUAUUCAUUUUUGUCAUUGUAUGAAAGCUUCAGCAGAUCAAAAAGUGUAAACUCUACAACUCUUUGACAUAUACAUCUUUGUUAGUUAGUCACAACUGACCUGAUUGUACGAAUCAGAUAAUCCGCAAGUCCAAAUAUAGUCCGUUCAUGUAACCGAGUGCUGGCAUAUUUAGAGACAAUUGUUGAUUGUCUACUUUGUAUUGUCAUAUGAUAGUCCUGCAACAGAAUUUCACCAUUAAGUGGAGAGAUUUGAAAAAUGCUUUAGUGGUUGCUGAUGGAUGAUGGAUUGCACAGACAAUGCUGCUGUAUACACAUGUACAUUGUCGUGAUGGGAUUGGUAAAUUUGCAUGCAUUAAUGUCACAAGGACCUUAUCAAUGUUUUUCUGUUUU